CUUCCCCCCGGACGUCCGUUUCUCCCUGGUUGACAACAGGUCUCUGCACAUCACGGAGCUGCGUGUGCAGGACGAAGGCAACUACACCUGCAGGGAAGUGCUGAACAAGACGGACCAUGAGCACAGGGUCCAGCUCCUGGUAGCCAAUCCACCGCGGUCACCCCCCAAGUGCUGGGCUGAGACCUCCUCGUCGGGGCUGAUGCUGCAGCUGUUCUGCAGCUGGCCGGGGGGGUAUCCCCACCCCACCCUGCACUGGAGAGAAGAGGGGCACGACGUGGAGAACUCAAGCUGGCUCAUCAGCUCCACGAGCUCCUCGGACACCCACGUGGAGACGCUGAACAGCUCCCGCCUCUCCCACCGCAAAGUGUUCAAGUGCGUCGGGAGCCACGUCACGGAGCAGGAGGAGCCUGUGUGCUCUGUGGAGAUAAAAAUCCCUUCGCUGGAAUCGGAGCCCCCGAAGAGCUGCCUGGUGGGUGACAACGUGACCCUGACGUGCCGUGUCACCGAGAGCACGCCGGCAGCGAGGCUCACCUGGCUGCGGGGCAUCGCCCAGCCGGAAGCGGAGAUCCAACCGGGAGGGAGGUACCUCAUCGUCCAGGAGGGCAACGUGUCCCGGCUCACCAUCCAGAACUGCUCCCAGGGCACCGACGGGGGCUGUUACGUCUGCAGGGCACAGAACCCCGUGGGGCUGCGGGAGCUGUUCGUCUGCCUGACAGUGGAGCAGCCGGCGAACGUGGGUGGGGUCGUGGGUGCAGCGGUGGUCCUGUCCCUGCUGGCUGUUCUCACCCUCACCGGGGUCGUCCUGUACUACAAUCCCCUCCUGUGCCGGAGAGGAGCUGUGUUGAG